AUGGACGACGCUGUGUUACCUGAAGAAUGGCCCCAGAUCAUUCGCCUCUCCCUGCAAUCUUCUAACAGCCUCAUCGGAACGCUCGCAGACACCGGUGGCGUCCCCGAAUCGGAACAUACCCGCAAGAUCAUCGCAGCCAUCCUAUGGCAUCGCAAGUUCCUCCUGACAUACUACGCAUGGAUUGUCCUCGCAGUUGCUGUUACUGGGGGCGUUCACUUCUACAAGAGGACCGCGCCCAAACCUAAGAGAAGGGACAAGAAUGAUCCGAGACUCAGAAACCAUGGCGUUGCUGCAACGAGCUUGUCGUCAUCAUCAAGCAGUACAUUGACAGCCCGAGGGACAAGUACACCCCCGCAGAAAGAAGAUGGGUUCGACAGUGGAGAGACGACGCCGUUGCUGUCCCAAUCCUGGCCAACUUCUCGACGACGACCAGCUGUUCUCGAUCGGCUGAAAUCCUUCUUGAUGUUCCAGCCUCGACCCAUUCCAGCACUAACGUCUCCCUCGAAUACUCUCCCUAACAACGCCACCACCCUUGUCGUCCUCCUCUUUCUCGCUGUCAACCUGUUCUAUCUCUUCUACCACAUCCCCCUAUCGCUGCCAUGGAUCUUCAUCCUCGCCGAUCGAGCUGGUCUGCUCUUCGUUGUGAAUCUACCCGUCCUCUACUUCCUGGCCGCCAAAAACAACCAACCCCUCAAAUACCUUACAGGAUGUUCUUAUGAGGGUCUCAACAUCUUGCACCGUCGUCUUGGCGAGUGGAUGACCUGUUUCGCCGUCAUUCACAUGUGCGGAAUGCUCGCUGUUUGGUACACCCUCCUCCGGCCCCUAGGGUUUUCCCUGCUCCGCUUCCUCACUACGAAACUCGUUUUUCUCGGUAUCUGUGCAGUGAUAUCUUAUUAUGUCAUCUAUAUCACGAGCGUUGGAUGGUUCCGCCAGCUCUACUACGAAACCUUCCUGGUGAUGCACAUCAUUUUCCAGCUUGUUGCUCUGGUAUUUCUGUUUUUCCAUUAUCAUACAGCCCGCCCCUAUGUCAGCGCAGCGUUGGCCGUCUGGGCCGUCGACAGGCUCCUUUGGCGCAUGACACUGUCGUCUCGAAGAUUCAUUGCGACAUUAGAUGUCGCUCCAGAUGGCCACACUGUCCUGGUCCACUGCGAGAUCCCCCUGGACCACCAAAGACGACCAGUUCUUGGAAUACAGACAAAUCUCCGUCAUGGAUGGCUUCCCAGUCAGCACGUGUUUCUCAGCGUUCCUUCUAUGGGCUUCAAGUAUCGUUUUCAAGCACACCCGUUUACGAUAGCUUCACCUGCUCCACCAGAAAAUAUAGCCGCUAUGAGAUCAUGGCCUCUCCAACUCACAAUCCGCGCAAUAGACGGAUUCUCCCUCGCUCUGCUCCACUACGCCCGCCACCAUCAACAUUGUGAAGUCGUCCUCGACGGUCCUUACGGCAGCACCUCAGCCCUAGCUGCCGCACAGUCGGCAGAUCGUGUGUGCUUCGUCGCCGGAGGCAGCGGGAUCGCGGUUACCUAUCCGCUUUGUUGGGCGAUUCGUGUUCGAAAGGGGAGCAGUGCUGAUGCUGGUCUCCUUCUGAGCACAAGGACUGCAUAUAAGAACGGGCUGAAGACCACUCCAACCGCUGUUGCAGAUUCAGCUCCAUGGUUAUCCGACUCGAAGUACGCACAUUUUUGGGUAAGGCAGGAAAAGCUACAUGGACAAUGGAUCUGCACAGUACCACGAGCGAGCGCAGUCAAGUCACGCUACGACGGCGAAAACGGUAACGAGGCAAUGAUCCGUUCUGCUGCACAACAAGAAUGUUGCGAUGACGCCGUAGCUUUAGUAACACAGGCCUUUGACACACGAUCUUAUGGCGGCGAAGGUGGCCGACCAGAUAUGCAGAGCGAGAUCUACAGCUGGGUCACGUCCGUCUCCCCGUCCUCCUCGGCCGACGUGCCUGGAAUUUCUUCAUCAUCUUCAUCUUCCACGGCGCUAGACGAAGGCCCACCGGGCUCAUCCCCUACAUCUUCAUCAUCCCUGCUUCGUCCACCCUCGCUGCAGAGUCCCAACACCAACUUCAGAAAUAUACCAUACACUCCCUCGACACAGAAGAAUACAGAUAUAGAUACCACUCAGGGCAGGAAUAGGGAGAAGAUCUGCAUCAUCGUCUCCGGCCCUGACGGCCUGGUGCGUGACGUGCGAAACGUGGCCGCCGACCUUGUCCGGCAAGGAGGCUGGGACAUUGAUGUGUAUGCUGAGAAAUUUGGAUGGUAG